CGGAGCUCUGCGUUGAGUAGUACGUGUGCUUCCCAGCAGUUAGCUUGCGGGCUAGUGAGCUUCUUCCACAGCUGAACACAAGUCAGAAACAUGGUACUUCUCGAAAACGACUCGUUCCUCACAGAACUCACGCGGCUCUUUCAGAAGUGCAGAACAUCUGGCAGUGUUGUCAUCACACUAAAGAAGUAUGAUGGAAGGACCAAGCCAGUACCCAGAAAGGGCCACUCGGAGUCAUUUGAACCAGCAGACAACAAAUGUCUGAUCAGAGCGUCUGAAGGCAAGAAGAAAAUUAGCACAGUGAUCAGCUCCAAAGAAGUAAUCAAGUUUCAAAUGGCGUACUCCAACCUCCUUAGAGCUCACAUGGACGGACUUAAGAAGAAAGACAAGAAAAGUAAAAGCAAAAAAACUAAAGCCACCCAAUGAGCAACAGACUCUCAAACGUAACCUUGGUUACCUACACUGGCCUGAACGAUCAGUGGGAAAAACAUGGGGAAGACCUCUGUCGCCACACCAGGCUUUAGUUUCUACCCAUUCACCCGAGGCCUCAGACUCACCGCUCAUCCACCUGGCGACUGCUUUGAUAUUAUGCCAUUGUUUGCAUGGUAAUGUCUCAUCCCUGGCUGUUCAGUGCCAUCGGUGAUUUGGAGCCGGACACCCAGCGGUGUCUCCAAACUCAUACGAGAUGAAGCAGGUCAACUGCGCUGAAUCGCCACUGCAGGUCAUUCACAGCCAUGUCACAUCUGGAGCCAAAUCCAUCGAGGCGAAUGAUUAACUGCCUUUCAUUUUAUUUAAUUGUCCUUGAUUAUUUAUGUUAUGUUAUCAGUGGCUCCACCUUUUUAAGCCGAGUUGGCCUGUGUCCAUUUUCUUUCUUUGAAUUAUAAAACUUUUCGCUCGGGUGCUCAGAAAUACAAAAACCAAAUGUCAUCAGGUCUUCUGUUUUUUAUUUUGUCAAAUUUCACGGUGUUUGACAUAGCUUGGUGUUUGGAGAUGAAACUGUAUUUUAAGUUUUUACUUUUUAAUUUGUUUCUUGUACAAUUAUGUGCCCUCUUCUUUUUGAAUCACAUCCCCAUGCCAAGCUUUUAAACUGGACGUCUUAAUUUGUAUAACACCAAUACAAUGUACAGUAUAGAUUCAGUUAAUGUUGUUAUUUCAACGAUUGUUAUGAUUGAGUUAAAUAGCACAAGAAAUAUUAGAUUUUUUUGAGUUAAAGAGACAGAUUUGGCUGUAAUUAUAUGAUUCAUUUCUGUUGAUAACAAAUACAAGGCAGGUUUAUCCACAGCUGCUACAUGUUAUCAGUCAAUUGUCCUGUCUCAUCAUCACAUCUGCAGCAGAAUUUAAGUUCACAAAUAAAGUGCAUCGUUUAAAGUC